AUGGCGGUGGCUGGCAGCGGCGGCCUCCUGCCCGUGCUUCCCAGGCGGCGGCGCGGGGCGGACGCGGCGGCGCGACGACGCUGCGGCAGGGAAGCGGCGGCGCGGUGCGGACGCGGCGCAUCGUCGCUGCCGCCGUGCAGGAUUGUCAAUGAAGCAGCUAAGUUCAGAUAUCGGAGUGGAAAUGAAUUUAACUGUGGAGGCUUAACAAUUCGAACUCCUUAUGGUGCUGUUGGGCAUGGUGGUCACUACCAUUCACAGUCACCAGAGGCUUUCUUCUGUCAUGUUCCUGGACUCAAGGUUGUCAUACCGCGAAGUCCACGUGAGGCUAAGGGGUUGCUGUUGGCUAGCAUUCGAGACCCAAAUCCAGUUGUAUUUUUUGAGCCAAAGUGGUUGUAUCGUUUGGCUGUUGAAGAAGUUCCUGAGGAGGAUUAUAUGCUGCCCUUAUCUGAGGCAGAAGUGAUUAGGAAAGGAAGUGAUAUAACACUUAUUGGCUGGGGAGCUCAACUUGCAGUGCUGAAAGAAGCUUGUGAAGAUGCUGCAAAGGGUCCAAUCACCGGGGGGUUCGGCGCAGAGAUUGCUGCAUCCAUCACUGAGCGCUGCUUCCAGAGGGUAGUAAACCUUCCAGCUUUCUUACUGAAUGGAUGGAUUAUCUAUCGAACAGGUUCAGAUAUGCUGUACACUGUUCAGCCUGUUGAUAUCCUAAGAAAGGCAAAAGUUAUUGUUGCUCCAGCAAAGGCAACUGCUGCUGGUGGGGGUAAUGCACUGCUGGUGUUGCUCAAUGCAUUGUGA